AUGGAACAUUUGAAGGCAACAUUAAUUGAAAUUGGCGAGUAUAGUGAAUUGGCUGCAGAACAAUUUGUCAAUAAUAUUCAACAAAUAAUAAUUCAAUAUGGUGCAAAUUAUAUAAAUACCAAUAUACAAUCAUCUUCCGUUGAAGUUGUCGGAGUUGAUCAUUUCCUAAAAGACCCCUCAAGUGUCACUAGUGAAAGAGCAUUUUCAAGAGCAGGCUUCAUGGUUACUCAUGAUAAAGCAAAUCUUAGUGAAAAAACUAUUUCUUCUACAAUUCUUAUGCAUUCAUGGCUUCUAGAAAGCCAAAAUGAGGUUAGUCUACUUCACAUUCUUCCAGAAACAAAAUAA